AUGACUUGUGGACAGCGAAUGAGGAGCGAAUUUCGCCUGAAGUUGUUCGGGCUGACGACACACAACCACCGCAACGUGUUUACCAGAACGCCGUGGCUGAGUAACCGACUGCCAUUCUUGUUGUACCGAGCUGCGGUAUGUUUGUACCAGGUGAUAUGUAACUUCACCAUUCACACAGCACUGGGAGAAUUCCAACCCUUAAUUUUGAUCUACCUGACUGAAUGGGCAUACUUUCUUCUCACGCUGCAUACUGUAGUGAGUGCGGCACUCUGCUUUGCUGACUACUACGACUCUCGUUCCCAGCGUGGACCAACUUCACAAGAGAACCUGUCGUCUGAUGUUGUCAUGACGACGGGAUCUACCACCACAGGAGGCGAAACAACCCAAACAAGUGUCGGCCAAGACUCUGCUCAAAGCCUGCAAAUACCAUGGCACUACAAACUCUACUGGGUCUUGUACAAUGUUGCCUUCAGUGGAGGGAUUUUCAUCACGAUUGUUUUCUGGCUAUUGUUGAGAAACGAUUUUACCGAAGGUAGUAUCCUUACUCACGCCAUGAAUUCCGUUACCAUAGUGAUGGACGUAAUGGUCAGCGGUCUGCCAUGCCGACUGUUGCAUUUUGUUCAUAUUUCGACUGCUGGGGUUGUGUACAUUCUCUUUACUGUCGUCUACUGGGCCGCAGGUGGGACAGGACUAGAUGGCCAACCCUAUAUCUACCCCUUCCUUGACUAUGGUGGGAAUCCUGUUCUAGCCGCUAUUGUAGCUGUACUGGCUGUUGUAGUAGCAAUACCAUUAUGUCACUGUAUCGUCUUCGCUCUCGUGGUUGCUCGCGAGAGUUUAAUAGGCGUAGUGCAGAGGCGUCAGUCAGAUAACAGUCAGAGUGUUGACGUCACUGCUCUGUAGGCCUACUUCUAGAUCACAGAUUUUGUUGUAUGAACGUAGUGACAGAUAUAUGGAUUUGAUGAAAAUGUAACAUUUACAAUGGCAUGUUCAAGCCGCUAUUGUAGCUGUACUGGCUGUUGUAGUAGCAAUGCCAGUAUGUCACUGUAUCGUCUUCGCUUUCCUUAUUGUGCGAGAAAGUUUAGUUCGCUAAUUUAAGAAGCGUAGUUCACGUCAGCGUAAUCAGAAUGUUAACCUCACUGCUCUGUAGGCAACAUGGGCAUGUCUUUUGGUCUUAUCUCAUGCAUGAAAGAUUCGCAUGGAAGUUCAUUUGUGUUCUUAUUUAAAAUAGUACAAAGUUCCAAUACAAAAAAAAAAAACGCGUUAAAUUUUCAACUGUUAGCUACGGCCCCCCCUUGAAGUCUAGUUUUCAAUCAAUUGGAUCAUAAAACUUUACGGAUUUGUACCAUACGGAUGUCGAUGUUACAUUUUUCUCAUGAUUUCUUCACUUUAGAAUUGUAUCAUUUGCUUCUUUAUUUCACCAUUAUAUCAUUUGACUUAAUGUUGUGGUUCAUCUUUAGAUAGAAACACCAGACUCAGACAUAAAUGUUAGAAAAGAAAUAUCAUGUACCAUUUAAUUCGUGCUACCUACAGAGACAGGCCCCAAUGGCAAUUAGGUCUCAUACCUCAAUUAGAACAUAUCAAUUGAUUCAGUGUUAAAAUGUGAAUCUUUUAUAACUGCAAUUUCAAUAAAGAAACAG